UUGUUCGAAUGGCUCUGCAACUUCGGGUUAAUUUUGUGUUGGCUGGUGGUGAACAUCAGCGGGUUGUUAGAUGCAAAUUCUUUCCAAAUGGGUUCUUGAAGCUUGCCAGGGUAAGAAGCAGUGAGACUUGUGAUCCCUUGUGUAUGAUUAUUUACACUUGUUGUGAAGGGGAUGAUAAGCUAUUAACUGAUUUAUGUAAUGAACAAGGGUUGCCCGUGGUUGUUGAAAUUAUAAGGACAACAUGUAUGGGGAGCAGGUUCAAUUUGCUUCUAUCAAAAAUUUGCAUUGAAGGGUAUCACACUGCAUUAGUUUUCUUCAAGUUAGAUCCAGAUUAUGCUGCUGGUAUGAUUCCUGCGGAUGGCCAUUAUGUUUCUGAGCAAGCAUAUACUUUGCGCACCCUUUCUGACGUAUUGAACGGCGGAAUAGAGGUUUUAGCUGUAAACUCUGAUUUUUCUUUGUGCAUUUUUGGGAUACUAAGAAGUGCUGCUGGCGGUGUUGAUUUUACCACUAGAGGAAAAAUAGGUCUUCCGACCAGCUCCAUUCUUGUAUAUGUUCUAUGGUAUUCUUUGACCAUUUUGAGAGAUAUUUGUGCAUGUGAUCGCCGCACUGGUUUCAAAGAUGAUGUUGUGGAUGUGCUCGUUUCAUUUGGACUGAUUGAGUUGCUACUUUCUUUCCUCCGUACCCUUGAACCUCAGGCAAUAAUUCAAACUACGAUGAAGCAACAGCAACACCGCGAGAACCGCCAAGAGGAGGAAGAGACCACCAUGUCUUCUCCUCAGAUUGUCGCAUGUUGUCCUUACAAAGGUUUUAUGAGAGACAUUGUUGCAAUACUUGGAAAUUGUGCAUACAGGAGAAAGUACGUGCAAGAUGAAAUUAGGGAGAAAAAUGGCAUUGUUUUAUUAUUGCAACAAUGUGUCCCUGAUGAAGAUAACCCCUUCUUAAGGGAAUGGAGUAUUUGGGCAGCAAGGAAUCUAUUUGAAGGAAACACAGAUAACGAAAGAGUUGUUGCAGAUUUAGAGCUUCAGGGGACCUUAAAUGUUCCCGAACUUGCUCCGUUUGGUCUUCGAGUAGAAGUAGACCCUAGAACUCAUCGUGCCAAGCUCGUAAACUGACGAUUAGACUAGAAUCUCGGAUCAGUGAUUGCUACCCUAUUGAUCAUUUGAUUGUAUCUUGCUUAUAUUUAUAUUUUUGAAUUAUGUAUUUUAUUAUACUCCGUUGUGAUGUUAUGUUAUUACUCAAGUAAAAGCCCUCAUUUUGAGAAGAGGGAGGAAGGCAUACACUAUUUAUGGGGAAAUUGGGGAAACUUCAAAUUCUCAAUAUCAAAUGUAAAUUAAGAGUAUAAUGUCGUCCUAAAU